CAUCCCCUCCCUCUGCCCCAUCACUACCUACCCAGGCUCCCUUCCACCCUCCCCUCCGCACCUCCCCGCGCCCCGGGACUCCGAUUCCUUUCAUCUCAUGUAAGAAGAAAAAAAGAAAGGAAAAGAAAAAAGAGAAGGGAAGGAAAAGAAAAAAGAGAAAGGAAGGAAAAGGAAAAAAGAGAAAGGGAAAGAAAGACGUAAAGAAAGGAGAAGCAAAAAGAGAAAAAAAGAAAAGAAAAGAAAAGAAAAGAAAAGAAAAGAAAAGAAAAGAAAAGAAAAGAAAAGAAAAGAAAAGAGAAAAGAAGAGAAAAAAAGAGAAAAGAAAAGAGAAAAACAAACCUUGAAGAAACUGAGGACUCGGAAUCUACAGCAGCCUCUUGACAACAGGACUCAGCAAGGAAAGGACAGAGCCAGAGACAAACCAGCCACGGCCGCUCUGCCAUCCCGCACCUCUCCCCAACACCACCUGUGCCCUCCUGCUGCAAGCAGAGGCCACCCCGAUGUAGGAAGCUCUCCGAGUUGGUGAUUUUCCAGUACGGGUUUCAGGCGGGUUAAUUUUUUUUUUUUGGGUUAGCCAGUCAUUUCCUAAAGGGUCUCAAAACAAAACCUUGCAGCCACCAGCGUUCCCCCUCCUUGCCGUGGUCCUCCAGAGUCUCCUCCCCACAUUGCUGGGACUCACUCAAGUCGAUUUGAUUUGACUUCAGUCUCAAAUGACCGCCCCGGGUCCGGCAGAUUUCGACACAUUGGGAGGAGGAGUGGGACUGCUGGCUUCGUGUCUAGAGAUGAGCUGGGGAGGGAAACCCAGCUCCUGCAACAGCAUGAAUACUCCCCCCUCAAAAUAUUCGUGGACUUCAAAAAGAAAUCAUCCAAAAAGGAAAGAUAUCCUUCUCCGUCCGGUUCCUUUCGAACGGGAGGUCAGAAAUCUUUUUGGACAAGCGGGACUCUGACCAUUGUCCAUGCAGGUGUGGAAGCAUUUGUCGCCUGCGUGUGUGUGCGUGUGUGCAAGCAUGUGUGUGCACAGAUGUGGCUUUUCCUCCUUGCAAAACUUCACCUCAAAACCUGCAAUCUGGAGGGCCUAACUGUAAGCAGGGGGAGAGAUGCUGCCCCCUCCCAAAAAAUAAUAAUAACCUGCCGGACUAAGCACAGGAGCAGAGUUAUGGAGGAGCAUCGGUGCCUGCGGGAUCAGGGCCCCGCCGACACCAAGGGCUGCAUCCAAGCCAACCUCACAGAUACUCCAUCGCUGUCCAGACUGAAGCAUCCCUACAUGGGGACAGGGAGAUCGGGGCCAAAACUCUUCACCACCCUUUGCCACCGUGCGGAAGAACAACUAUGGGGAUUUUUUUUUUUUUUUUUUUCCACAGCCAAAAAAGUGGUUUGCUCCAGAGGAAAAAAAAAAACAAACCUACACUUUGUUUUAUCUUGGAUUUUUGUUAAGGUUGGUUUAUAGCUUUCCCCAUGGGUAGGAAAACGCCGGUCUCCAUCCUUUCACAUUGAGGAUACUGCUCACCUUGCCACGUCUGAUUACCACCACCCUGCAGUAAGAUCCUGCGAUGGGCCCUCGCCUUUAACCGGGGAUCCAGCUCCUUGUUGAGUGACAGCAGCCACCACGCCGCAGAGACCCACUGACUCAGGCAUGCUGGGACAGCCCUCAGCUGCCUUCCUGACUUUUUUGUUGUUUUUAAUUUUUACGUUCGGUUUUGGGACUGUUGUUCUUGUUUCCCCAUGACAAGGGUCUCCAGGAUGUUGGUGCUCGGAGGAGAACCUGCAGCGAAGGGAAGGAAGGAAAGGAAAGCGAGCCGUUGGGUCUGGGUGCUGCGGUCCCAGUGGGCAAACACGCACCCACCGGGGACCACAUCUCACCGCCAGAGCUGUAGCUGGCAGCUGGCACUGCCCAAAGGACACAGCUGAUCUCAGGGGGAAGGCUUCUGCGUCCCUGAAGCCCCUCUGAGCAGGCUGGAGCUGGGCAGGGAGGAAAGGGGGUCUGCAGCGCCACCGGGUCCCCACCAGCAGGGAUGGGACAAGAGGGAUUUGACACUGAGGGGCUCCGGCGGAGGCUCCUCUCCAUCACGGAUUGGGCACCCUUGUAGCCUCCCACAGCAGGGCAUCGCUCCCUCGAGCAUCCUGCAGGCCCCCCACCAGGACACUUGCCCAGAUCGAGAGCAGGACUGGACACCCCGCAGUUAUUUCCCCCGGAGUUAUGGUGGGGGUGAGUUUUGCCAAUGGACUUCCAUGGAGACCCAGUGGGGCACGUUUGGAGCUGGGGGUGAGGCAUCUUCCCUUGCCGAAAAGAAGGGGGUGCCACCAAAUGCAGAUCUCUCCCUGCAAAAAACCCGCAGGAGCGGGGUGACCCCUAUGUUGCUGGAGAGGAGCACGGUGGGUGCUGGGGCCAAGGGAGGGACCCCUCUGGGCCCUGCAGGGCUGAUGGAGCAGGGUCAGUUUGGUGAGGGUGGGGGAUUAAUGGUGCGGUGAAGUUAGGGUGAAGAAUGGGGUAAAGAAGGGAGGUGGAGGAGGAGGAGGAGCCUGUGCCAACCCCAAGGGCCACAGGUCACCAGUCGCCACUGUCUCCCAUCUCUUCUGCUCGCCAAUCCCCGUGCAAAACCUCCUGACUGUUAUAGGCCAGUACCACCUUCCCCAGGACCCUUCCCUCCUUCUCUCUCCCUCUUUCUUGCUUUUUUGUUUGUUUGUUUGUUUUGUUGUUUGAUUUCCCAAAACUUGAAAGCCUUUGGCUGCAGAGAAAGGAGACGUGCCGCGGGGGUGGGAUGGGAGCGGGUGGAGGGAUGGCAGCUCCCCAUGGACCUUGUCUUUCAGGGCUGGUGCUUUUGCAGGGCAAGGGUCAGCUCACGGGGGAUGCAGCCCAGCUGGGGGCCCAGUGGUGGUCUUAUGGCGUGGCCACCACGGUGAUACUGGGGGGACACACAGGGUGCCUCCCCGACCUCCCCCUACAAAGCGAGUCUCAGCCAUGGCUCCGGGAGCCCAGAGCACCAAAAUCCACCCUGGACAGCCUCCCUCCCUCCCUGCACUUCCAGCGCUGGGACGGCACCACCUGUCCUGUCCCCACCAACCUGGGGAGAGGAGGGUGAGAGGAGGGGGCUGCACUACCCUUGCCCCCCCCCAAGCCACCUCGGCUCUCAGGAUGGGGCACUGAGCGACCCCCCCCACUGCCCAGUCCCUCGAGGAUCCCCGGCAGGACGAGGCUGUUUGCAGGCUGCACUAAUAUUUAGGAUUGGGGUUGGGCUGGAGGCAAGAGUGGCUUCAGGAGGGGUUAGCCACCCCCUGGGGUGGCAGUCAUGAGGUGCUCCUGUUCUCAGCACCCAGCAGCAUCCCUUUGCAUUUGGGGUGAAAAACCAAAAGGGGCAGA